UUUUAAAUCAAAUCAGAGAAAAUUUUGUUUCAUUCCCCCCCCCUGCAAAUAUCGCGGUGCCACCAUUCCCCUCUUUCCUCUCUCUCUCUCUCUCUCCCCUUCUUUUUUCUUUCUCUCUCAUAUUCCGAGAGCGCCAGAUUUUCAGAAAUGACGGUCGCCGAGGAGUCCCAAGAAGAGCACAAGGGUUCUCGUGAGAGCACAGCACAAACGGAGAAACAGCGGUGGACUCUAAACGACUUCGACAUAGGAAAGCCUCUCGGCAGAGGAAAGUUUGGACAUGUAUAUCUCGCUAGGGAAAAGAGGAGCAAUCACAUUGUGGCACUAAAGGUAUUGUUUAAGAGCCAGCUGAAACAGUCUCAGGUUGAACAUCAGCUUCGCCGUGAAGUCGAAAUACAGAGCCAUCUUCGACAUCCUAACAUUUUACGACUCUAUGGUUACUUUUACGAUCAGAAACGAGUGUAUUUGAUUCUGGAAUAUGCUGCCAAGGGAGAACUCUACAAAGAGCUGCAGAAGUGCAAAUACUUCAAUGAAAGACGUGCUGCUACUUACGUUGCAUCAUUAGCUCGAGCACUCAUAUAUUGUCAUGGAAAGCACGUAAUACACAGAGAUAUUAAACCAGAGAAUCUUUUGGUGGGAGCACAGGGGGAACUUAAAAUUGCAGAUUUUGGUUGGUCUGUGCACACAUUCAACCGUAGGCGGACUAUGUGUGGCACUCUAGAUUAUCUUCCACCCGAGAUGGUGGAGAGUGUGGAGCAUGAUGCAAGUGUGGAUAUAUGGAGCCUUGGUAUUUUGUGCUAUGAAUUUCUCUAUGGGGUGCCCCCUUUUGAAGCAAAAGAGCAUUCAGACACAUAUCGAAGGAUUAUACAAGUGGAUCUAAAAUUCCCUCCAAAACCUAUUAUUUCUUCAGCUGCAAAAGAUCUUAUUAGUCAGAUGCUUGUCAAGGAUUCUGCACAGCGUCUGCCGCUUCACAAACUAUUAGAGCAUCCAUGGAUUAUCCAAUAUGCCGACCCCUCCGGAGUUUACAGGGGCUGAUUCGUCAUUUUAACUGCUUUGUCACCAUCAACCAAUAAUGAAUUAAUCCCACAAAGUGCCUAUAUUCUUCUGUAAAGUGUGGUCUUUUUGUCUCCAGUAGAUGAAAAAAGAGGGUUAUUCUAUUACACUCGAUCCGUUGGUUAUAAUCAUUGGCAUUAUUAACUAGAUGUAUGUUUUGCACUUUGAUGAUAGCUUUACCAUAAUAUAUGUAUCAAGUCUGUCGUUCAAUUUCU